CUUUACGUUAGUUUGUGUACGACGGCUUUACUAAGUGCCGGCUCUGCCAGUGAUAAACGCUAAUAUACGAUAUUAUCAAACAUAUCGCAGAUCAAUUUCGAGAUGGAGGAACUGCUAGGUAUCGUCUGAGAAAAGAAAGAGUAUCUGCGCUCUCUGAGCACCGAAUCAGAGUGACAUUUUGACAUUUCGGCUGUCGCAUGUAUGUACUUAUUACGCAUAAAAUAAAUUUUCCCGUGCGAAUGCACGCUACAGUGACGGACGCGGCCGCAAUUAGGGAGAGGUUUCUGACAACCGGCUGCGCGAGACUGGACGCGAAACUCAGAGGCGGCGUACCUUGCAGGGGUAUCACGCAGAUUUACGGCGCCGCCGGCACCGGGAAGACACAGCUGGCUUUGCAGUUGUGUCUCACCGUCCAACUGCCGAUAACCGCGGGCGGCCUCGGAGCUGGUGCCAUAUAUAUUUGCACGGAGACUGCUUUUCCCUCAAAACGGUUGCAGCAGUUGCUGGAGAACUCGGAGAUAGCUAAAACUCAUCCUGUGAAUGGAGAUGUGAUAUUCGUGAGCCACGUAGCCACCAUUGAAGAACUGGUGGUGUGUCUGCAACGUAGAGUUCCAAUGCUGAUGAAUGCUCGUAAAAUAGGGUUGUUAAUCAUCGAUUCGAUAGCUGCCCCUUACAGAGUAGAGGACUGGAAGGAGCAGCAACAGGGCAAAUCUAAGAGGCUCAUCGGACGACAAUUACAUGAACUUUGUAAAAACGAUGACCUGUGCGUGAUCUGCAUUAACCAGGUUUCCGCGGUUAUAGGGGGGCACAGACUCAUUUCUGAAGACGCGAGUGAGCAGCCAGCUUUAGGAUUCACAUGGUCGAGUAUGAUUACCACCUCUAUAUAUUUCUACCGAAAAAUCUUGCGAUACGCUUGCGUAAUGCUGGCCUCGCACUUGCCGAGGAUCACUUUCCAAUUCGAGGUGAACGAAUCUGGCGUCAGGGCGACUGAAUAAAUCUGUGCUACCACAAAAUGAAAACGUCUUAAUUUUAUUCCAUAAGUUUGUAUAUAUCGCGAAAUAUAUUCUCGUCCAAGA